AUGGCGUUAUUGUCGUCACUGUAUUUUUUGACUUAUUUUGUUGUGUUUGUAUCGAUGGGGUUUUUUGCGUCAGUGUUCAUCGUUCCGCUGCUCACCGUGUCGUUUGUGUUUGCCUCGUGUGUGGUCAUAUUCGGGUUUCUCAGUGAUAUAACGUUCAAGUUUGCCCAGGUGAUAUAUUUCAAGACGGACCACAGGCUGAAAUCUACGCUGGGCAAGAUGGGCGACCAUACGACCAAGGCCGACAGCAGAAGGCCCCAGGUCAUGAAGAAUUACUCCUCGGCCAGACUCAAGAGCGCUCACUCCUUCUCACAACCGUCGACUGCGACCAGUGCCAUCGCCAGGCCGUUAGAGGUUCGACCAGAUCAGGCAUGCGGGUAA